UCCGUAAACAAUGGCACCUGUCACUUCGUCCGUUCAGCAAUUAGUCAAUGAAAAUCCUCCGAAAGAUUUCUUGACUGCUGCAGAACUCCUAAUAAAGUUUGCAAGCAAUGUUCUAAAAAGUCCGCAUGACCAAAAAUACCGCAAGAUUCGACUGGGAAACCCGACAGUCGAGAACAAAUUACUUCCUGUUAGCGGUGCAAUGGAAUGUCUUUUUGAGAUGGGGUUCGUCGAGGAUGGUGAGUUUCUGAGCUUGCCGCAGUCAGCUCCACUCUCGGUUUUGUCCCACAUGCGAUCCCAGCUAGAGACGGAGAGAGCCCUUGCAGCAAGGACCACACCCCCAAGUGGGGCCAGUCAGGGGCCUGUAGUGUCAUCUGAUGGUGUACCUUUAGGGCCGACACAGGCAACAGGGAGAGGGGCAACAUCCGCUCCUGUGGCUCCUGUAAACACAGACAAUCAACAGAUGUUGUCAGAGGCAACUUUUUUCCGGAAGUUACAGUCUGGCAUGCAGACUGUGUUAGUGUAUGAGAAUGCAAGACUGCAGCAGAAAGCCAGAGAUGUGAUUCCUAUCAGUCAGCUGGAGGAGGAAGCUCGCGAAACCCUUGCCUCUUUUUCAGAACCCCAGGAGGCUGGCUCCAACCCUGGGACUGGCUCAGACCCUGGGGCACUCAGCCUCGAUAUAAGGGACUGCCUUGUCCUUGCAUUGCUGAAAUGGUUCAAAACAUCCUUUUUUAAAUGGGUUGAUGCUCCAGCUUGUAAACGCUGUGGUGGGAAAACAAGUUUUCAAAGCGGUGGGCAACCAACUGCAGAAGAAUUGAGAUAUGAAGGUAACCGUGUGGAAGUAUAUCGGUGUAAUGUUUGUGGUGAAUUGACUAGAUUUGUUCGAUACAAUAACCCGGGCAAGCUGCUUGAAACCAGAGAGGGGCGGUGUGGGGAAUGGGCAAACUGUUUCACUCUGUGCUGCCGUGCGCUCGGUUUUGAAGCCCGCUACGUUCUAGACUGGACAGACCAUGUCUGGACGGAAGUGUACUCUGAGUCUCAGCAGCGCUGGGUACACUGUGAUCCUUGUGAAAACGCCUGUGAUAAACCACUCAUCUAUGAAGUAGGGUGGGGAAAGAAACUUACUUACAUUAUAGCAUUCUCUGUGGACGAUAUAGAAGAUGUGACUUGGCGAUACUCAGCAGACUUUGAGGCUCUGUUGUCGAGGAGGAAGGAGUGUAGGGAGAUGUGGCUGGUUAAGACCCUGUACAACCUCGACAAGAGCAAGUGGACCAGUAUGCCAGAGGGGAAGAAAAACCAGAGGCUCAAAAGAAAGGUGGCGGAACUGGUGGAGUUUAUGACUCCCAAGAAAGCUGAUGGCAAAAAUUUGUCAGGACGUUCAACGGGGUCUGUUGAGUGGCGACUUGCUCGUGGAGAAAUGGGUACUCAGCCUGCGCAGGAAGCCUUUACAUUUACACCUACAGCCAAUGAGAAAGCCGAGGGCUGUUUACAUGUACAGUAUUCCUGUAAAGACGACGCAUACACUCGUGUGUCAUCAGGAAAUGCAAAGACUCGUGGGUGGCAGGCUUGUGUUAACGAGGGGGAGAACAUAUUUCGGAAGGAAGAGCUUGACUGGAAGAUGGUCUACCUAGCACGUACAGAGGGAUCAUCGUCAGCAACUAUUUCAUGGAAAUUUGACUUUGCAGGAAGUGGUUUAUGUGUAGACAAGGUUGAUGUGCGAGCAGACCAUGCUGUGUAUGAGAAUGGCAAGGUCACAUGGACGCUAUGUACGGAGGAGACCUGUGUUCCUUUCACUGGUGGCCCCCAGCUGCAGACAGUUACUGGGAUCUCCGGUGCCACAAGUUUUACCCUUAAUGUGCACCUUACAGGGGGGCGGGGCGGCAUUGCCUGGCAACACACACAGCUCUUCAGACAAUCCAUGGAAGACAGUGAAGUUCAACCGUUUGAGGUCAAGGUCAUUUUGAAGAAACAUUGAGUCUAACCUUGUACUUAGCCUGGACAAUGCCUGCAAAGUUUGGUUUUAGAACACUAUCAUUUACCUUUCAGCAUUAUGAGAGUCAAUUUGGAUUCGUGUUAUAUUCAUACUAUGAUUGAAAUGAAAUUUCAGUAUUAAAAAGGUAUGUACAUUGAACAAAGCUUAUAAUUGGUAUUAAUUCCAAUUUGUUUAAAUACUUUCACCUUUGAACAGAUGAACAUAAAAUGAUGUUGAGCAUAUUCAAGAAUCAUAUUUUGUUUGAAGAUCAAAACAGACAUAUAAACCAUAGAUACCUGAUGUGUUUCACUGGGUUUAUGGACCCUUGUAACCAUAGAUACCUGAUGUGUUUCACUGGGUUUAUGGACCCUUGUAACCAUAGAUACCUGAUGUGUUUCACUGGGUUUAUGGACCCUUGUAACCAUAGAUACCUGAUGUGUUUCACUGGGUUUAUGGACCCUUGUAACCAUAGAUACCUGAUGUGUUUCACUGGGUUUAUGGACCCUUGUAACCAUAGAUACCUGAUGUGUUUCACUGGGUUUAUGGACCCUUGUAACCAUAGAUACCUGAUGUGUUUCGCUGGGUUUAUGGACCCUUGUAACCAUAGAUACCUGAUGUGUUUCACUGGGUUUAUGGACCCUUGUAACCAUAGAUACCUGAUGUGUUUCGCUGGGUUUAUGGACCCUUGUAACCAUAGAUACCUGAUGUGUUUCGCUGGGUUUAUGGACCCUUGUAACCAUAGAUACCUGAUGUGUUUCGCUGGGUUUAUGGACCCUUGUAACCAUAGAUACCUGAUGUGUUUCACUGGGUUUAUGGACCCUUGUACAAUAGAUUGAUAUAUCACCAUGUUUGAUUUUUCCUUGGGUAGAACUUUUGCUGUAAAAGCAAAGCAAAUGGCUUGCGCAAAAUUUCUAUUAAAUAUGAAGGAAGUGUCUUCCAAAAGGUCAUCUUUUUUAUAAAUUACCAGCCUUUGAUUUGAAUAAUGAAGGAUGUUAACUCAUUGCUUUUUAAUUUUUAAAACAAAUCAAUUCAUGGGCUUUUCUUGGAAAUAAAUGUUUCCUGGAAGCUGGAAGAGGAAACAUACUUUUUUACGUAUGUACCUUACUUAAGGAACAAAUUUUAAAUGCUGUAGUAAUGGAAAUGAGGUCAUUCAAGAUUAUUUAAGCUGUUUUGUCUAAAAAUGAUUCAAAAUUGGGUAUGUGCUAGUUAAUUGUGUGAAGACAUGCAAAUAACAAUAAUUGUCUUGCUUGAUGGCAGUACAUGGAUUUUGUUAAUCAUAAAUCUGUACACGGUACAAGUAUUAAAUACAGUGACCUAUUUUUAAAAAGGUCUUGAGUCCAAUUGUGUAUUUAUCUUGGUAUCAUUUGCUUGUUAUUUUACUUCACAGUUUUGUGAGUAUCAAAAUUGAAAUCAAAGUCAGGAAAGUUAAAAAGAAAAAAAUCGACUGGUUGUGAUUUAUCUUCAGAUUUUGUUAUAUAUGACAAACUUCUUGACUAAGAUCCUUUAGUGUAUGGGACCAUGGCUUGUCUACUAUUGACAGGUUAAACAUGGUAAAUAUUUGUGUAUUAAUUUGUACAUGGACAUUGAAUUUGUUAUAUUGAAAAUAAUUAUUGUAAAAACUUAAGAAAUGUGUUAAAAUGUGUGCAUGAGCUAUACUGCUAUGAAAGCUGUAGAAUGUGCCUUUCAUUGCCAAUACUAGCUGAAAUCCUGGUCUUUCAUGAUAUCAAGUUCUGUAUUUUAUUUAAAAAAUGCCUGUCCGUUUUAUUUUGAAAAGAAAAACCCACCAACACACAAAUAUGUUUGGACAAUUCCUUUUAAGUGUAGGUUUCUUUAAAACUCUGGCCCCAAGUUCUAAAGCAUAACAAGUAGCUUAUUUUAUUUUGACAAAAUUAAAUGGGAUUAUGGUGAUUAUCAUAAAGUAAAUUUCCCUUUAAAGUCCAAAAUUCCUUAAGAAUGUAAUUAAUACACAAACAUGAUACUAAGUUAAGUGAGCUUAGCUUAAUCCUGUUAUAAGUGGCUUAAGAUGUUUCAAGACAUAGAGGCCUGGAUUGUUUGCAUCAUAACAGUGGAUGUACAUGGUGUGUCUAUAAAUAUUAAUUAUAUGUUUAAUUUAUAAGAUGUGGCUCAAUUCUUAUGAAAUACUUAUUGUAAUAAAUACAUUUUAUAGUA